CAGUCAGUCAAUUCUCAAUCAGUCUGUCUGAGAUUCUCAGAGACGGUGAAGCGGUUAGCUUGCAGUUAAGACAUAUAGACAAGGCUCCAGCAAUCUCACGAUGCGUCCGCAACGUCAGAUGUUCCGGACGGCGUCCUCUGUCUGUGUAUUUUUAAUAUUGUUUACAACGCACAGCCUAACCGAGGGUAAGGUUUACGAAAAGUGUUCCCUUGCAAGAACGUUGGAUAAACAGAAGAUUUCUUCACGCUCACUCAUCUCCAACUGGGUCUGCCUGGUAAUGGCCGAGAGUGGAGGUGACACCAGCAAAGUGACAACACUGGAUAAUGAGUCCGCUAGCUACGGUAUCUUCCAGAUUAACAGCAAAACCUGGUGCCGGGAAGGACGAAAAGGUGGUCGUUGCAAUAAGAAGUGUGAAGAUUUCCUGAACGACGAUCUUACCGACGACAUUGAGUGUGCCAAGCAGAUCUACAACGAUAGUGGUUUCGGUGCUUGGAAAGGAUGGAUUAAUCGCUGCAAGCAGAAGACACUACCGGAUUUGUCAUCGUGCUGGAAUUAGUUACCACUUACAUAGGACCACUACAUUGUUAGUAGAUAAACACUUUUGAGUUGAACUAGUUUCAAAUAAAAUAUUUGACUUUUGUUUCCUGAAAGCAAA